CCAGGACGCGCUGAGCACCCGCUCCGCGUAGCUCUCUGGCCGCUGGGGCCCAGUGUUCACAGUGCGGCUGGGCCCGCGCCCUGCAGUGGUGCUGUGCGGCUACUCAGCGCUGCGGGACGCAUUAGUGCUGCAAGCGGAUGCCUUCUCCGGCCGCGGGACCAUGGCUGUUUUCGAACGCUUCACCCGCGGAAACGGAAAACGGAUGUGCCUGGACGCAGGCCUGGCGCGAUCUGAGAUCUUCCUCUUCUUCACCGCCAGCCUGCAGCGGUUCUGCCUGCUCCCUGUGGGGAGCCCCACCAACAUCGACCUCACCCCGCAAUGCACUGGCCUGGGCAACAUCCCCCCAGCCUUCCAGCUCCGCCUGGUGGCCCACUGUGGUCGGGCUCAGCUGCCCUCUGCUCACCGGCUCCCGGACCUCCUUUCCCCCUUUGGUCAAUAAAGGCCCCAA